CAAGCCUAUCUUCCGACUAAUAAUUAUCGUUUAGGGAAAAGGCGUGAAAGAAAGACCUGUGGCCUGUGGGUAGCCUAUAGAUAAUUACACGUAGGCUAUUAGACACGUCUAUGGAAUCGAAAAUGUAUUCGGACUUACACUCCCACUCGUCUGCGUCUACACACGUAUCGGAAUUAUUUCAUUUAUGUCUUCACAGAAGUCAAGUUUCACCGCGACGAUUCAGCAGAAGCAAAUCGUGCGCGAGAGUGUUAAAGAAAUAGUUCAGCCAAAAAUGAAACCAUGUCAUCGUUUACUCACCAUCAUUUUGUUCCAAACCUGUGUUGACUUUCUGUCACACAGAGAAGGCUGGCGGUCUCAGUCACCAUCCACUGCAUUUUCACUGCAAGAAAGAAAUUAAUAAUAAUUUGGAAUAAUAUGAGAGUGAGCAGCCUAAAUGAUGGCAGAGUGGGUGAACUAUUUAUUUAAACAUUGAGCCGCUCAUUAAUAGGCUAAUUUACAUUCCUUACCCGAUUAUGUUUGAAGUAUAACUUGCAAAAACAUCAUUCACACAUGCAAGUGGGUCGUAUUUUUGCAGAACGUCGUUUAUUUAGUUUGACCUGUUUACGCUAGAGUCGCUUUGUCAGUAUAUGCUAAAAUUUAUAUGGCCAGAUGCCGGACUGUAACGCAUUAUUAGUGUUUGUCUGUAACUGGAAACAUAAUCAACCUCUUCUCAGGAUUGGCUGAGCAAGUUUGGCUAUCUCCCUCCCGCUGAUCCUGUGAAUGGACAGCUACAGACUAAAGAGGCUUUGACGAGGGCCAUCAAAGCCAUGCAGAGGUUCGGAGGCCUGAAAGAAACUGGAGUGCUAGACCAAGCAACCUUGGGCUUAAUGAAGACCCCUCGUUGCUCGCUGCCAGAUGUGUCAGAGCCGGAUAUAUCAGCAGGCAGACGAAAGCGGGCGCUAGCUCCUCAGAAUAAGUGGAACAAGAGGCAUCUUUCAUGGAGGGUAAGGACGUUUCCAAAGGAGUCAGCUUUGCUGGGCCGGGACAUGGUGCGGGCUCUUAUGUACUAUGCCCUGAAAGUGUGGAGUGACAUUGCUCCUCUCAACUUCCAUGAGGUGGCGGGGAAUGAGGCAGACAUUCAGAUUGAUUUCACCAAAGCGGAUCAUAAUGACGGAUACCCUUUCGACGGACCCGGUGGCACAGUAGCCCACGCAUUCUUUCCCGGAGAACGAUUCACAGCGGGUGACACACACUUUGAUGAUGAUGAAGCCUGGACCUUCAGAUCGCCAGAUUCUCACGGAAUGGACCUUUUCGCAGUGGCGGUGCAUGAGUUUGGCCACGCCAUAGGGCUCGCACACACCUCUGCCAUUGAGUCCAUCAUGCGCCCUUACUACCAGGGGCCAGUGGGCGACCCUCUCAAGUACAACCUCCCUUAUGAAGACAAGAUUCGGGUCUGGCAGCUUUACGGUGUUCGAGAGUCUGUAUCGCACACGAUGCAGCCAGAUGACCCCUCUCAAACCGCCGAACCCCCCGUCCUGCUUGACCUCCCCGAAAACAGAUCCAUGAUACCACCUGCCCCUGAUGCCCCUGACAGAUGCACUAGCCACUUUGAUGCUGUAGCCCAGAUUCGAGGGGAGGCCUUCUUUUUCAAAGGGAAGUAUUUUUGGCGUCUGACACGUGAGAAGCACCUGGUGUCGUUGAGGCCAGCUCAGAUCCAUCGCUUCUGGAGGGGUUUGCCUGCCAACCUGGACAGCGUGGAUGCUGUGUACGAGAGACCUGGAGACCAUAAGAUAGUGUUCUUUAAAGGUGGGAAAUAUUGGGUGUUCAAGGACAAUAAUGUUGAAGAGGGCUACCCACGGCCUGUCACGGACUUCGGACUGCCUGCGGAGGGAGUGGAUGCAGUAUUUGUUUGGCUGCACAAUGAGAAGACCUACUUCUUCAAGGACAGCCGUUACUGGCGCUAUGAUGACCCUCUGCGGCGCAUGGACCUCGGCUAUCCAAAAGACACUGCACUGUGGAAAGGGAUCCCAUCUCAACUAGAUGAUGCCAUGCGGUGGUCUGACAGAGCAUCAUAUUUCUUCAAGGGAAAGGAGUACUGGCGUGUGGCGGGCAGCGAUAUGGAGGUUGAAGCAGGUUAUCCGCGUCCCAUCGGCAAGGACUGGCUGGUGUGCACAGACAUGCAGUCGGACUCCCCGGAGAUGCAGAACAACUCAAACACAAGGCUACGUGGGCAGCACCACGCAGACCAUGCAGAAAAUGGCUACGAGGUUUGUUCCUGCACUUCGGACUCAGCCUCCCCAUUGGGGACGCGGCUGACCCUCUCGCCCGCCUGGGUGUUAGCGCCACUCUGGACGCUUACACUCGCUCUCUCCUCUGCUCCUCUCUGAUAAGGGCAGAGCCACAGGCCUGUACUCAAAAAGACUCCAGGAGCAGAACAUACAGCAGCCUGUGGGUAAUGAGAGCAUUGAGAGGCUCUGGGAAAGCUUUUCGCCAGCGGUGGGCUGAUGGAAAGGCCUCAGCACUUCAAUCAAGAAAGGGAGUGGAUCACAGUUUCUUUUUUUCUUUUUUAGAUGAUGCUUUUUGUUGUUGGUUUUCUAGAAACUGGAAAUUCUAUUAUUAUUAUUAUUAUUAUUAUUAUUAUUAGUGGUGCUUGCUAUUGCUUACCUGAACAAAGGGUGAACAAUUGCUGAAGAUUGACUGUCAGGCUAUUCAAGAUGUAGAUGAGUUUGUUUCUUCAUCGGAACAGAUUUGAAGAAAUUUAGCAUUGCUUUACUUGUUCACCAUUGGAUCCUCUGCAGUGAAUGGGUGCCAUCAGAAUGAGAGUCCAAACAGCUGAAAAAACAUGAUGAUAAUCCUCAAUUAAUCCACACUAUUCCAGUCCAUCAAUUAACAUCUUGUGAAGUGAAAAUCUGCAUGCAACAAAAACAUUAAUGAUGGAUUGGAGUUGUGUGGAUUGCGGAUUAUUGUGAUGUGUUUAUCAGCUGUUUGGACUCUCAUUCUGACGGCACCCAUUCACUGCACAGGAUCCAUUGGUGAGCAAGUGAUGUAAUGUUACAUUUCUCCAAACCUACUCUGAUGAAGAAACAAGCUCAUUUACAUCUUGGAUGGCCUGAGGGUGACAAAAUAUUUAGCAAAUAUUCAUUUAUGUGUCAGCUAUUCCUUUAACCCGAAGUAUUAAACUUCAGCACAUAAUUUAUUCUCACACCGUUUGUGCUACAGACAUGAAUGAUAUCUCAAAUCACGUCGCUCAUUGAGGUGUGCUGUUAAUUUAUCAGACCUACGACUUCACCUGACAGACAAUAAAACAACCCGAAAAAAUCCUGCAGGAGGGUUAUGAGCCAUAUUUAGGAUCCAAAAUAUCGAAAAGUCUUGGAAUACAUCCAUAUGUAACCCUUGCAACCACAUAGCAGCAUUCUAGAAAUCAGUCUAAAUAUCCAUCGUGCCAGAGUGUUUUGCACAAGCAAGCAUCACUAAUAUUUUUAUAAUAAAAAUUAAAAAUGUAUUAUUAUUAUUAUUAUUCAAAGUGUGAGAACAUUCAUUAUCAGGUUCAUUUAAUUAUAUUGUGUUUCAGAAUAUAUUGAUUUCAAGAGAUUACAGUAACCAGCUAUCUGAGGCAUAUCCAGAGCCAGUAAUAGUAAUGAUCAUGAUGAUAAUGAUAAAAAUGAUAGUAGUAAUAUUGCUGAUUUCGGGAAGGCAGCAGAAAUCUAACGAAUAGGGCUUCCGGCUGGCUGCAGUUCAUAGGCAUCAUGGGAUACCACGAGUCACAACCUGAUAACCUUCCCUCACUCCAACCAAGUGCUUUAAGAAUGCUGUCACUCAUCUUUAUUGGCACCUUUUCGGCUUGUUUUUUUACUAAAACCAUAAUCUUUUACUUAUCCUACAGGUUCCUUAUUGUAACCGUCUCAUCCUCUCUGAUCCACCUAUUCCCAAUGUCUUAGCAUCUUUUUUCUUAUUAGUCUGCCUUGUUCUAAGCAAUUAUAUUUACUCUCAUCUUCAGUACUGAGUGUUUUAGUAAUAACCACCACAAAAUCAUCACUCUAAAGCAAUGACAGUUACUUAUAAUUGCAAUCAACUGUAUUUUUUUGUAAUAAACACCACUAUUGUUUAGUUUAUCAAGGUCAUGCAUGAAGCUGGAUUCACAAUGCCUGGAUCACAUUUGGUUAUACAAUUAUUUUUGUCUUAACAGUUCCCACAGUCAGAGAGAGUUAUGAGAAAUAAUUCAACAGACUGGGAUGAUGUUUGACUCAUAUCCGGGGCUGCUGAGAGUGCACUCUGAUUAUAUAUGUAAAGAAAUGCUUAUAUACUAUAUAUAAAUACAUAUAUUUAAGGUAAAAACUUCUAUAGCAGUUGCAAAAAACAAUGUACAUUCUGAGCUGUCUUUUAUAAGGUGAAAUAUUUUUGUAGAAAAAUAAAGAAGAAUGAGCAAACUUGCGUGAUGAGUGCCGUAAUUUCAUGUCACACAGAGACUAAAAGCGAGCUCCACGCUGCUUUUUCCCCACAGACAUGACAGCUGCUGUCACACGACGGCGGGAACCGCAUUCGCGCCUGUUUUUUGUGCACCACAUUCACCUAGAGAUGCCAAAAUAGCAUCACGCCACCAAUCAGAAUUGUAUUAGCACCCAGAGCUCUGUUGGUAUGAUACUCCGUGUUGUUUAUGUGCAGAUAUCCUACAUGUAUUCUGCUGUAACUUUGUUAUU